UCUCAUCGAUUCUCGCCUUGGGUGGCGAAAAACAACGACGCGUAGUUGGGCGGAUGUUUAUUCCUUAUGUUUCUACGCAUUCGACCACUGACUGACAGGCCCCUUACUAAACUGGUUGAAACGCUUUAUCCGUAAUAUAGAAGGGAACAACACUUAGCUUGUUUCUCAGUAGGAUAACACUGUAAUAACUUGGUGGUUGGAACCGAGUGACCGUGUAGAGUGGUUCAUAUUCUUCUAUGCCGUUAUUUCCAUCACUCACUGAAGAGUCCGGUGUUCUCUCUUGUCUUGUCCACUAUAGGAGAGAUGUAGCAGGUCCCCUAAUAGAACUACAUGAAAGAAUAUUACGCGGUCCUUCGGUCCUAACCUCUCUUCAAAGAGAACUCAUUGGUGCUUUUGUAUCUGCCGUGAAUCGUUGUGAUUAUAGUACUGCUAUUCGGAUAAGUGUAGCAAGAGGUUUAGGGGCUAACGAUCAACUUUGUGAACAGCUAUUAUCUCCCCUUGCAGACAACGUGGAUGAAUUGAAUAUCGAACCAGAAAUGAAGCCCUUACUAUGGUAUGUUCGGAAACUAACCCUUAGACCAGAAACAUUACAAAGAGCUGAUGUUGAAGCCGUAUUAUCGGCUGGUUGGGAUGAGCAAGUACUAAUGGAUGCAAUGCUAGUUUGUUGCCUCUACAAUUUUAUGGACCGUUUGUCCUCGGGCAUUGGAUUAUCGAAACCAGAAACUAUCAAUCCUGCUAAUCUUGAUAUAUUGGUGAGAAGGGGCUAUCGAUCUAUUUUAGAUGAUUUGUAAAAGUCGAAAGUUUUGAAAGUUCUUACGAUUCGGAAACAUAGUAUUAGCGCCAAAUAAUGUAUCUAUUUUAUUUUCGGUAUAAAGGACAUUACACUUUCAUGUUAUUCUCUUGUGUUGAGUAUGAAUAGAAUAAUGACAUAGACAAGCAACCAGUUUAACAAACUUAACAU